AUGUCCUCCGUCCCGGAACCCAAUUCCAUCUCACCCCUCACUCUCUCCAACCGAAUACAAAUCGCAACAACAUACAUCUUCCGCGUCCCAUGGACCGUAAUCACGACUCUCCUCCGCCGCUGGAAUCCCUUCUCCACGUACAAGCCACCCCCGCUCAGAGAGCAUCUCUUCCGACAUGUUAUGACCUGUCUAGGAAACAACCUCCCCAUAACCACAACCAACUCGUCCAUCGACACAAAGGGGACCUCAAUCCUAACCUCCCCGCGCUACUCCCACCUCCAAUCCAACAUCUACCAAAAAGUCCAAACCCCUACAUUCUCCGGCUACUUCAUCUGCCGAGGUCUUUCUCCAUCUCCGAUCGCCCCGCAAGAAGCAGACAUCUUCCUUCUCCACUGUCACGGAGGCGGUUAUGUCGCCGGGCAUCCAGCAUGGGGCGCCGUCGCGCAUCUGUAUGUAGCGGAACAACUGCAGAAGAAAGGUCUAUCCGUGGCGGUGUUUAGUUUGGAUUAUACGCUUGCACCGAAGGGGAGGUGGCCUACGCAGUUGAGGGAGGUGGAGGCUGCAUUUGAUUGGGUGGUAGGCGAGCUGGGUGUUCAGAGGGAGAGGGUUGUGGUUAUUGGGGACUCCGCGGGGGGUCAUUUGGUGUUGGGAUUAUUGGUGAGGUUGUAUUUGAGAAAGGUUGAGGGUAUAGCGGAUGAGGAUGGAGAAGGACAAAGGGAGGACGAUAGACCCGGCGCAGCGGUGCUAUUGAGUUCGUGGGUGAAUCUGCACUCGUCGCAUCCUCGGGUGCUCGCGCUGCAUUGGGAAGAGAGGUUGUUUAAGGUAGGCCUGGAUAAGUACUGUGAGAUGGUGAUGGGGGAUGCAUCGCGGGAGGUGGAUGAGCUGUAUGGGAAUUUUGCGGUGGGUGGGGAGAAGCGCGGAUCUUGGAAGGAGAUUCUACCGAGGAAGACGUGGGUGUCGGCUGGGGAGGAGGAGUUGGUGUUUCGGUAUGAUAUUGAGGAUUUGGUGGAGAGGGCGAAAGAGGAUGGGGCGGAUUUGCAGCUGGAGGUGACGGAGGGGAAGAAUCAUGCGUGGCAGAGCGCGGAGGCGUCUGGGCAGCAGAGUCGAUUUUUGGCGCUGUCGAUGGAUGAAGAUGAGGGGGAUUUAAUGCAGGGGUAUAAGCGCGUUGCGGAGGAGAUAUUCAAGAUGAUGGUUUGGAUUGAGUAA